AUCACCGCCCCCACCUCACCCCCUACCCCUUCCUCACACAAAUGGCGACGCCGAACCCAGGCAGCGCCUCGCAGCACAGCAGCACCAGCUUCCCCGGUUUCUGUUCUCUCACAAGUGGUGGAGAUGACGGAAUCAAAGCAAAAAGAAAGGCUCUCAAGCUCAACUUCGCAAACCCUCCAUCCUGCAAAGCUGCACCAAAGAUUAUAUUCAAUCCUCAGCAAGUGGUUCCCAAUAACCCUCACAUAAGUUCUUGUUUCAAACAGGAUCCGAUUCCUCGACCUUGUGUCCCCAAGUCAAGCGCGCUACCCACUCUACCACCGAGUGAGCGACUGAGGACACACAGCAUGGAGUCGGCAGGCAAGUUGAAGUUGUCGCCAGGGCAGCAGUACGAUUUCACUGCGGAUGACCUCAAAGAUCUCGGUGAAAUUGGCCGGGGAGCAUAUGGCUCUGUCAACAAGAUGCAGCACAACCACAGUGCCCACAUCAUGGCUGUAAAGCGAAUCAGAUCGACGGUGGAUGAGAAAGAGCAGAAACAACUGCUGAUGGAUUUGGAUGUUGUCAUGAGCAGCGAUUGCCCUUACAUCGUACAAUUCUUUGGAGCACUGUUCAGAGAGGGAGACUGCUGGAUCUGCAUGGAACUCAUGUCUACCUCGUUUGACAAGUUCUACAAAUUUGUGUAUUGCACAUCAGACGAUGUCAUCCCAGAAGAAAUAUUGGGAAAAAUAACACUGGCAACUGUAAAAGCACUCAACUACCUGAAGGAGAAUCUGAAGAUCAUUCACAGAGAUGUCAAACCUUCAAACAUCCUUCUCGACCGCAGAGGCAACAUCAAGCUGUGCGAUUUUGGCAUCAGUGGGCAGCUGGUGGAUUCCAUAGCCAAGACAAGAGAUGCAGGCUGCAGACCCUACAUGGCUCCUGAAAGAAUCGAUCCAAGCGCAUCAAGACAAGGCUACGAUGUUCGCUCAGAUGUUUGGAGUUUAGGUAUAACAUUGAUUGAACUGGCGACAGGGAAGUUUCCCUACCCGAAAUGGAACAGCGUGUUUGACCAGUUGACCCAAGUGGUCAAGGGAGAUCCCCCACAGCUAUGUAACUCUGAGGAACGACAGUUCUCGGCUAGCUUCAUCAACUUUGUCAACAGCUGCCUUACCAAGGACGAAUCACGAAGACCAAAAUACAGAGAGCUGCUGAAACAUCCGUUCAUUCUGAUGUACGAGAGCCGCAACGUGGAUGUGGCUGUGUAUUUCUGCAAGACCCUGGAUCGGAUGCCUCCUUCUCCUGUCUCGCCCAUGUACAUCGACUGAAUUGUCCCUCGGUGUCUUUCAAGAGAAAUCAGUACCAGGAAAAGGCCUUCCUCUUUCCCGUCAUCCCAAUCUAUUCCCUGUGCAAUAAGUCUGUGCAAAAUUCAUUUAUUCACACACGGCCUCUGGAGAUCCCAAUCACAAUGCAGCUAGUUAGUGUUUUGCGAAUGUAGAAUUCAUUGUUCCUGGAUAUCCCUGUUUUUGUGCACACCUCACUGGACUAUGCUAGUUGUAAUGUCUCUUCACUUGGUAUCCUAUGUACCGUUAUGGGUUACUAUGAGCUUUGUCCGCGUCAAUGUUAUUUAGGGCUAUUAAUUCUCUAAAUUCAUUGGUAAAGUUAAUCAACCUAUUGAUUAUUGAAUAAUGCAGCCAAUUUAAUGUAUGUAAACAAAUAUUUAACUACAUCAUUCAACAUUUUCUGCUAGGAAAAAUGCGUUCAGCUUUCCCGAUGCAAAAGUGUGUUAGAAAACUGCUUGUGAAAUGUUUUUAAACCUCAUCACUUUUCCUAAAUGGAUUAGAAGAAAAAUCCUGCAAUCCCAAUACAUGUUCAUCACCUUAAGCAAGAAAAAAGUGCUGUUAGCAUGUGUUGCAGUUUUAAAUGCUUCCAGUUCGGCUGUUUAAAAAUAUUAACUUAAAUUAUUAACUAUUUAACAAAGGUUUGGGCUCAACAGUUGGAAAUGUGCUGUGUAAGAAGUGAACACUUGGGAAGUAAUUAUAUGGAUUAUUCCUGAUAUUUCAUGACUACAAACUUAUUUUUCUGCAUACUUAAAGAACCACUGAUCAUGAAACACCAUGUUGACUUUGUUAUUUUUGUUAAUACCAAAAAAAUACUUUAAAAAAAAUCUACAUUACAUAGUAAUUACCUAAGUUUUUUUCUGUGUAACAUAACAUACUAACUUUAAACACGGGGGUAGAUAUUUUAACAUGUCACAGUAUAAAUUAAGGUUAAUGUUCUUAUUGUGUGUUUCAUCUGGUCCUUCCAUACAGCAGUGAAUCAGACCAAAUAUUAGACAAAUGUAAUGUGUAGAGGUGUUGCAGCAUCUUGGCUUAGUUGAACUAAGGCGGAUACAUUUCUCGAGAAGGCAAAUUUAUUUGACAACAUUUAAAAUAGGGUUUUAAUAAGAGUAAAUGAUUUCUUUCAGUUUAUCUGAAAUGCUGUAUGCCUGUGUAUUUUGAUUUUUUUCCCUCGCUGUCUCAUAGAGGUUUUUAAAUAUCACUAUUGUUUUGUUUAAAUUAUGUAAUAUUACUUUCAAGUUUAUUGAAAAUAAGAGUUUUUAUUUUAAAACACGUGGAAGAGUUGCAUUUGUCGUGUUUCACUAACGCUACACAGUUGGGUUGUAUAAUAAUGAUAAUAAACAAAAAUAGAUAAUGUUUCAUGUAAGAUAUUUGGAUACUGUGAAAUCCAAUGAGUAUUCUGCUUUGACAUGGCUUUCAAAACUCUGCUCCAACCUUUAAGGCAAUGGAAAGUAUCAAACGUGUAAACCGAUGCUGCAUUCUCUACAUGUGUUUGUGUUGUAGAUGUGAACUUGUUCUGAGCCCCUGUCUAUUAGAAACUUGUACAGUGCCUGCUUGGUUGUGUUCCGUACGUUUUAGGCAUAUCGUGCGGCAGUCUUUGGUUCUGAACUCUGCAUUUAUUUUGUUGGAAAAGUGGACUGACACUUGCAACAUGUAUCUGCAGCAAUGCCAGAUACUCGCCGUGUGUUCAUUGCAAGUUACAUUUACUCUUCUACUGGCUUGUACAUAGUGAUGUAAUAAAAUUGGGAAAUGGUUUAAAACAA